UAUUCAUCGGUUCCUGCUCCAGAGAGACAUCUCAAGCGAGCUGCAUUGAAUAUGAUAGGCAACUCGACAUUCCUUCGAUGAUUAAAGAAGUACAGGCUCUCCAAGCGAAACUCGAUGCAACGGUGGAUGAGGAUGAGCAGCGAGCGCUGGAGGAGGACGUCACAGGCAAGAUCUUGUGGCUGUGUUGGUGUGGGAUAUGUGCGGAAGUAGACCAACUGUUACCAAAGGUUGUGAAUUACAUUCGGCGAGAAGGAAAUAUGAAGGGUUUAAGGGAGAUUUCUCUGAUGAUGUAUCUGUUCAUGUUUGUAGACCCAGAUGACAAUCUAACUCACUUGCAUCGGAUCAUGCUUGAUGGGGGAGUAGGGACGUCAAAACAUCGGCUGUGGCUUGCCGCUCAGACUGCAGAGCAAGCCAAGUGGUCAGGUGCGACCAAGGUCACCACUGCUAUGGAUAACCAAGGUCCCACUGCGAGCACAAGCACUCAAUCCCCCUCCACAUCAUUGGUUUAGCAAACACGUGUAUUGUAACGGGGAUGAGGCAGCCAAUACGCGCUGACUUGGUACCGUAACAAAUUUCCUUUCCCGACGUUGUAACGAUAGGUCAAUCUACGCGAUGUCACCUUUUGUACAAGAACGCAUGAAAGAGAAUCCGAGGGGCAAUUGCAAGUACGAUCACCGUCUGAUUCGUUUUGUAUCGGGUAACGUGCAAUCAUUAUGUAUGUAGCUCCUUGACUUCAAGUGCAAUGAGCUGUUAUGUCGAU